CAUUACACACAUUCAUAAGCCCAUGCCCCAAACGUCCAUAAUCGUCCCACGGAUCCAUUUACCAUAGCUUAGAUUACAGAAUUUCAAGCCCGCUGACGCCGGCUCCCGUGAGUCGCGCUGUCAGCGGGGGGAAAUGCAUGACGUUAGAAAUACAAGAAAUAAGUCAGAUUCCGAACGCCGAGCGAGCAAGGCGAUUUUGAUAAAACCCUACUAUACCAGAACCAAAACAAUAACCAGCCAUGAACGCCACCGAGAACACCCCAGCUAAGGCGCACCAGAGAGCCGCUGCAUCAGCAGAGUCACCCGAAGUCGUAGACCUCAUGGAUUUCUCCGACGCCGAGGAACCGGAGUCCGCUGCCAAGGCGGACGAGGAAGCCGCCCCGAAGCCAGGAAGAGCCGAAGAACCCCACACCUCCGAUGGGGACAUGUACGCAGAUAUGGAGCUAGACGCCGACGAGGCAGGGGCAGCCGACCACGAGGGUCCCCGAGACAGCCCCCCGCUGUUCUCCCGCCGACCAUCCGGGUUCCUUCGAGAGAACCUGUGGUCGCCGCCGCCGUAUAAACGACGAGCCGCGCCCUGCUCCCCGGAGCCAGGGUCACCGUCAUUCGAAGAGGAGUUCGAAGAUGUCGGUUCUAGCCAGCACAUCAUACGCGCCGAUGUUCGAACAGGAGUUUGAAGAUGCCGGUUAUCACCAGCGCCGCGAUCCCCGAACCGGCCGUGGCAUUUACCGCCCCGAGAGGGGGCUGGAGCGUUACAUACCGAAACCAUACAACGCGUACUACGACGACGGGGAGAACGAAGAGGAGGAACCCUACGGUCGGCAAUUCAUAGCCGAAACAGAGACCUUUCACCACACGGUCACGCUAUGGGGGUUACGCGUCACGCGUAACCACCAGAUGUCCGUAGACGUCUUUGUCCCUCCCGGCCGGAAUGUCAACGCGUUCUUCAGGACAUUCCGAGAAGCCGUGGAACCAAUCGACUACCGCUCCGAACCGGCCGCCCCAGCCAGGGCAAGCCCCCCUGCACGCCGAAGCGCGACCGCCAACGCCCGCAUCGGAUCCUCCCCGAUGCCCCAGUCCUCCCG